CCUACACACAAAUUCUAACCUCACCAUUUUAUUGUCGUUGUUAUUUUUAUAAUCCCCAGUUCUAAAUAAAGAAUAAUGAUAAUUUUCAAAAUAUGGCGAAAAUUCUUUAUUACGUUCUAACAUUAGUAUUUUUAUUAAGUGCAUUAAAAAGUGCUAGGGCCGAUCAAUGCAUACAUCAAGAUCCUUGUUCGUGCACGGUGGACGAAUACACUGUUAUCAGUUUGAGGGAACUCGUUCCUGAUAAAACCUUGUUUGAAGAUAGGAAAGGCAACUAUUCCUACUUUUUUUCCGGAUGCGAGGAUAAAACUUUCAAGGGGGACAAUUUCCUUAUGCCUAACGUUAGUGAUAUAACUGCAUCAUUGAUUAAAUGCACAGCAAAUGUAACAAUACAAAAUAUUACUCAAAUUAUUAACGCCACCUCCACCAACAAGACUGUGACGGUGAUAAGUUACAGUUGUGAUGGCAUAGGACAUGCCAAAGAUAUAAAAUUCAACCUGGGACCAACUUCAUCAGAUUACAAUAUUGUUUACAACAAUAAAACUUCCAAAAAUAGUUUACCAAGUAUUCGUUUAGCCUGUGAUAACUUCAAUGCUACCAAUUUGAAAAUAUUGAAUGACAACACAGAUGAAUUGGUAUUGUAUUCACCUUUAGUUUGCCUACAACACAUCGCCCACCAUGAAUACAGUUCCGGAACAAUAUUUUGUAUAAUAUUCUUCGUAACUGCGAUUAUUUAUUUCUUCGGCGGAGGCCUUUUGAUGUACUUCGUACGAGGAGCUAGAGGAAUCGAAGUGAUACCAAAUUUUGAUUUUUGGAUGUCCUUACCUGGCCUUAUGAAAGACGGGCUAAUAUAUGUUUUGAGCGGCUGUCGCCCGAGUUCUACUUCAACUGCUGAAACUUACGAUAGGAUAUAAAGCAACCAGAGAUAAUUGCUGAUUGUUCUUAUUUCUUAUUAUGUGAAUGUGACUGAAUUUAAUUAUGUAUUGAGUAUUUUUUUUUUCCAUGAAUACUAUUGCCAAGUAAAAAAUUAUAGUCUUAUAAGUUUUUGCUUGCCAAUAAUAUGUAUAUUUGGCUGGAAGAUCAAAUGAAUGUUUUUAAUAAAUUGUUGGGACUAAAAAUUCUGGGUUUCAUUUCGUAGACAAAAUUAAACAAAUUAAAUUUUAUUUAUUUCGUACACAAAAAUAUUAAUAAAAUUAAAUAAGUAAUCUCGUUUCUCACAACAGCAGGCAACUGAGCCAAUAAAAAAAAAUAAGGUAUAUAAAUUAACCAGGAACAAAAAUCAUUAGAAAAUAGCUGGUUGAGAUUCUAAUAAUUAAUAAUACAUUUUUGUGCCUCAACUCUACUUAGUCUAAAAUAAGUUUUCUUGGAAUGUAUUCGAUUUGAUUAAAGCUACAAGCAAUUAUAAUUAAAAAUAAACAAUAAUUGAAGAAUAUUCUCUAGCUUAGUCAUACUUAUAGAUGAUAAUUUUUGAUUAAAACAGCUUUUGGCCACAAGAUAAAGGUAACUUGAUGAUGUCUGGCCUCUAUAUUUUAUUAAAAGCCCUAGAUAGCUCUUGUCUAUGAAUUCGAAAAUGGUUUUGUUGUAGCAACUAAUUAUUUUUCCGAUUUUCAUAGAGCUAUCUAGUACUUUAAUUAUAAUCUAUUCUAAAGACAUUAUAUGUAUGAAAAAUAGAUGGAAAUCUACAUUAUUAAAUAUUGUAGAAUAUAUAGGAUGAGUUUUGAAUUUACAAUAAAAUCUUAGAUGUGAUAGGUAAAUCCUUCUAUCUACAUUUUUUUGCACAAGAACAUUUAAAAUUGACAAUAAAAUAGCGCAAUGGACAUAGCAAAGUUUGUAGAAAAAAAACUAAUAGCUGCUACUUAAGUAAUACGUUACAGCCUUGAGAUCCAAAGUCACAAACGUAUUGUAUUUUUGAAGAUACUUACCAAUAAGUACUAAAAACAAUAGCUACCUAUGUGAUUAUUAUUUUUUUAAAUUUCCUCAUUAGCCACAGCAUUUAACGGACACAGCACAAUCCUGGGAUCAUUUUCAACCAUCCUAUCAGCAUCUUCA